AGAAGCUUAUUUUCGUGGACAGACUUUUGGCGGAGUAGAAUUUCUCGCUUAGCCUCUUCCUCUCUGUUAGAAAGCAACUGCGGACACGCUAGCUCAGUUGUUUUAUUUAGAUUUUAUUGAAACACUCGCAAAUAUGUCCGGAAGAGAAGGUGGUAAAAAGAAGCCAUUAAAAGCUGCCAAGAAAGCGACAAAGGAGAUGGAUGAUGAUGAAAUGGCCUUCAAACAGAAGCAGAAAGAAGACCAGAAAGCCUUGGAUGCGUUGAAGACGAAAGCAGCAGGAAAGGGACCAUUAACUGGUGGAGGAAUCAAGAAGUCUGGAAAGAAGUGAUUAUACAUUUGAAGACUAUGUACUCAUUUGUUGCUGAAUCACAGCCCCCUGUCAAAAUCAACUCCUGCUACCCCCUCCCCCUCAUUAUUUGUUUCAUUUGGGUCCAUUGUAGAAAGAGGAAAAACAUGUAAUGACCCUUUUGAAUAAUUUCCAAUGUGUUCUUGUCAAGAAAGUUCUGAAAUAAACUAUUGUGACUACUGCAGUAUUUUCACUCAAUCUAUAUUGAGAUUCUGUCAAGAAACACAUCAGUAUUAGAUCAUUAGCUACACUAAACACAUACAGUACUAAUAUGACAAGUAUUGUGGUAAGUUCAAUGUAACUUUUCCCAAGGUUGACCAUCUGCAUCUUCAGAACCAGUAUCACUAAAUUCAGCUUCUCUGGUUGGAUAAGGCUUCUUCUCCAUCACCUCUUCACUCACUUCCUCCGUCCUCCUGUCCAUGUACAGGGUUCUAUGUCCCAGUCGCAGAGCCUGAAAAUGAGUGAUACUUAUCUGCAUUUUUCUGCAUCGUUUUUUGUUGUUGUCUGUGGAGUGAUAUUUGUAAAGAUGUUGCUGUUUUGUUCUGUGUUUAAUACCCCGUUUUGACAAUUUUCUUUUAAGAGGAAAGUUUGGGAGAUUCAGAAUAAAGAUCAAUGAUGCUGCUUA